CCUCCAGGUCGUGGAUCACUGAGCUCCGGACCCCCAACCCUGCUCCCGGGACCUGCUUGCUCCACGGAGCCCGCGCCGGCGCCGCGAUGCCGAGCCCUUGGUUGCUGCUCGCCUUGGCUUUGACCCUGACCAGUGUUCCUGGCAGCGCCCAGCCGGCGGCGCUCCAGCAGCGGGCAACCAAGCAGGCAAGCUUGCAGGACCUCCUGCUCCAGGCGGAGCGCCUCCUCCUCCUCCAGGAAGACCUCCAGCCCCUGCCAUUGGACCAGGGUGAGCAAGACGCAGAACCCCAUGCCCUUCCGCUUGACUGGCUUUCCAAGCGUCAGCAUCCAGGCAAAAGAGAGGAAGAGGUAGAAGAGGGAGCGGAAAAGGAGGAAGAAAAUGGAAACGCCGUGAGACUCCAGAGACGACAGCACCCUGGCCGUAGGGCGGCUGAGGCUUCCUGGUCAGCUGAUGUAACCCGCAACAAGCGGCAACACCCUGGCCGGCGCUCUCCCUGGCUUGGGUACAUUGUCACCAAGCGGCAACAUCCAGGCAAAAGAUUCACCAUGCUGGUCGAUCCCCAGGCACAAGGGAGCUGGGAAGGGGAAGAGGAAGAAGAGGAGGGAGAGCUGGUGCCUGAGAAACGCCAGCAUCCUGGCAGGCGGGCCUUGGCAGGGCCCUGUGGGCCCUUGGAAGCCUGUGACCAGGCAACCUUCCUGAUUGACCUGGGUGACCUAAGCAGGGGCCAGGGAGCCAAGCAGAAGCGACAACAUCCUGGGCGACGGGCAACCUGGACCAGGGAACCCCUAGAAGAAUAAGCCCAUUUCCCUGUAAAAGUGAAUUCGGGGAGUCUAAGAGUACCCUAAGUUCUGUAUGCCCUACUCUCUUAAUGACUCCAUCUUGCCCUCCUUUCUUAGAGUCCUGAUCAUAAAACCUGAGCCCCUUGUGCACCCCAUCCCGUAGGGCCCUGGCCUUAUUUCUCUCCUUCAGGGACAUAAGCCAGCCCCUGAGUGAAAGCCCCUCAUUACCUCAUUCCACACCACUGACAAGAAGGCAGAUCUCUGAGCUCUUUCCUCCCACCCACACCUCACAGGCCCAAUCCCCUUCCUCAGCCUAACCUUUCUGUGUCUUUGAAGAGUUUUCCAAAGUAGGGUAGAGUGUCUCUGGGGCAAGUAGCUAGUGAAGGAUGAGGGGAGGUGGCAGCUGGGAGGCCCCAAUUCCGCUCCCACACUGUGCCCCAUCAGGAGGAUUCAUCCUGUGUAAACUUCAGCCCAGGACCAAGAUCGUUUUGUGGGUGGGCAUCCUCAGAGCCCUGAAGCACAGCCGUGUUAGCUUGAGGGAAGCAUCUACAGAGACAUGCCCCAGGUGCAGUGCGGGAGCUGUGGAAUUGCCUGUGUGGAGACAGGAAGACUUUAACAUCUACCUGGAAGUCGUGGCCUGUACAUAACCCUGUAGGCACUUUCCCCUCAUCAAUAAUAAUCAUACGAAUGACAA